ACCAGUUUUGGCCAUGAGACUGACCACAGCAGUGGAGGCUACAGUUUGUCUCUUCACCUCCCUCUUCUAAAUUUCCCCUCAGGAAGAGGGGCCGACCAGAGCCCUGGAGGAGCUGCUCCCCAAAUAUGUUAUGAAGUGGAUCUACAGAGCACACAAGAUCUACAGUCUACAAUGUCCAUCUGAGCGACAGGGCAAAAAUUUUUGGCUGUUUAUUCCGACGUCAGUGUACUCAAGAAGCUCAGAGGCCAUUUGUCCCGCAAAGCACACGUACCACGCUCACCGUCUUCCGAACCGGCAGCCUGCGAAGAGCCUGCCCAAGCCGCUGGGAAAGGAGGCUGCGCGGAAGGAAGGAGUCCGGCCCGCGGCCGUUCGCGGGCGGGGGACGGGGGACGGGGAGGGGCGGUGCCGGCGCGCGCGCGCGCGGGGUGUGCGCGCCGCCGCCGCCGCCGCGUCACCAGCGUGCGGCACGUGCCCGUGUUUACGUCCCUCGUGGAGCAGCCUACGUCAGCAGCCAAAUGGCAACAUUGUGGCGCUACUGAGGGUUACAGUUUAGGAGACGCGUCUAUCCGUCAGGCCGGCUCCGGGCGGUCGGGAAGAGGAGGAGAAGGAGGAGGGGCGGGGAGAUCGGCCCCGACGAGCGGCGGAGACGCACACAUCGCCGGCCCCUACUGCCUAACCGGCCUGCCCGGCCCCGCGGGACCCGCUCCUCACCUUCCAAGAGCCACAGACGCAGCACCGCGGCCUCGCGCUGGGGGCGGCCGGGACGGGCGCGAGGCGCUGCCGCAGCACUGGGCUUGUAAACAGAUUCAGCCGCACGUGACCAUGUGAACUACCUGCUCCGGGGACGCGUAUUGUCUUUCCCGCGAGCCGCGCCACAAAGGAGCGCGGCGGGUUCAAGUGAGGAGGGCCGGGCGAGUAAGCGGGGAGAGCCGGCUGGCGCGCUAAGAUGGCCGAAGGCGCUCAGCGAGGGUGAGCGGGGGGCGCGGUGCAGCCAGCCGGUGAGUCUUCGAGCGGGCAGGGCCGGCGGCGCUUUCCCCGCGGCCUGGCACCGGAGCCACCAUGUCGUUCGCGCUGGAGGAGACGCUCGAGUCGGACUGGGUGGCCGUGCGGCCCCAUGUGUUCGACGAGCGCGAGAAGCACAAGUUCGUCUUCAUUGUGGCCUGGAACGAGAUUGAGGGCAAGUUUGCCAUAACCUGCCACAACCGGACGGCCCAGAGGCAGAGGAGCGGCUCCCGGGAGCAGGCGGGGGCACGAGGGGGCGCUGAGCCCGGAGCACCCGCGUUGGACGGGACCCGCGGGCCAGGCAGCCCAGCGGGCAAGGGCCGGCCCGAGGCCACUGCCUCUGCGACUCUGGGUAGGAGCCCGGGGCCCCGGAGGAGCCCGGCCUGGGGGGAGGGCGGCUCUCCGCGGAGCGCGCGCAGCCUUCGGGGGGACCCGCUGCUGCGGUGUCCCGCCGGCAAAGGGGCGGAGAGCCCCCUCAGGAGCCCAGUGCGGGCCAAGACCAGCCCGGUUCGAAGGAGAUCUGAAGGCAAAGAUGUGGCGGGGGCCGCUACAGCAGCAGCCCCGCCGGCGUCCAGGGAGGCCCCGGUGUCCUCCGUGCGAGUAGUGAGCACUUGUGGGGCGGUUUCCGAGGAGAUAGAGGUGCUGGAAAUGUUGAGGGAGGACGAGGUGGCCCCGGCGGCCCUGGCGCUCUCAGACACAGAGCAGCCGCCUUCCACUACCGAGCUGGAGUCCCCGGCCGAGGAGUGUAGCUGGGCCGGGCUCUUCUCCUUCCAGGAUCUGCGUGCUGUGCACCAGCAGCUGUGUUCUGUGAACUCGCAGCUGGAACAGUGCCUGCCCGUAUUCCCCGAGGAGCCCUCCGGCAUGUGGACCGUGCUGUUCGGGGGCGCUCCAGAGAUGACCGAGCAGGAGAUCGACACUCUAUGUUACCAGCUCCAGGUCUACCUGGGCCAUGGCCUGGACACCUGCGGCUGGAAGAUCCUCUCCCAGGUACUUUUCACUGAGACCGACGAUCCCGAGGAGUAUUACGAAAGUCUUAGCGAGCUGCGGCAGAAGGGCUACGAAGAAGUGCUUCAGCGGGCCAGGAAGCGCAUCCAGGAGCUUUUGGAUAAGCACAAGAAUACAGAAAGCAUGGUCGAGCUUCUGGACUUGUAUCAGAUGGAGGAUGAAGCCUAUAGCAGCCUUGCAGAAGCCACAACUGAACUAUAUCAGUAUUUACUACAGCCAUUCCGAGACAUGAGAGAACUUGCCAUGCUACGGAGACAACAGAUCAAGAUUUCCAUGGAGAAUGAUUAUCUGGGUCCCCGAAGAAUUGAAAGUCUACAAAAAGAAGAUGCUGAUUGGCAGCGAAAAGCUCACAUGGCUGUGCUGUCGAUUCAGGAUCUUACUGUCAAAUACUUUGAAAUAACAGCGAAAGCACAAAAAGCUGUGUAUGAUCGAAUGAGAGCAGAUCAGAAGAAAUUUGGUAAAGCAUCGUGGGCAGCAGCUGCAGAACGUAUGGAAAAACUCCAGUAUGCAGUUUCUAAGGAGACUCUGCAGAUGAUGAGAGCGAAAGAGAUCUGUUUGGAACAGAGGAAACAUGCACUGAAAGAAGAGAUGCAGAGUUUGCAGGGUGGUACAGAAGCCAUAGCCCGAUUGGAUCAAUUAGAAGCUGAUUAUUAUGAUCUGCAACUUCAGUUGUAUGAGGUACAGUUUGAAAUCCUGAAGUGUGAAGAGUUAUUAUUGACAGCCCAACUGGAAAGCAUCAAAAGACUUAUAUCGGAAAAGAGAGAUGAAGUGGUAUACUAUGACACUUACGAAAGCAUGGAGGCCAUGCUGGAGAAGGAAGAGAUGGCAGCAUCUGUGUACUUACAGAGAGAAGAGCUACAGAAACUUCAGCAGAAAGCACGCCAGCUAGAAGCAAGACGUGGACGGGUUUCAGCCAAGAAAGCCUACCUCAGAAAUAAAAAGGAAAUUUGUAUUGCAAAACACAAUGAAAAGUUCCAACAGCGCCUUCGGAGUGAAGAUGAAUAUAGAACCCAUCACACAGUACAACUAAAGAGAGAAAAAUUACAUGACGAAGAAGAAAGAAAAAGUGCUUGGGUUAGCCAGGAGAGACAAAGAACACUGGAUAGACUUCGAACUUUUAAACAGAGGUACCCUGGCCAAGUCAUACUUAAAUCAACCAGACUGCGCCUGGCUCACGCAAGAAGAAGAAGCACAGCCAGUCCCGUGCCCUGUGAGGACCAGUGUGCCUCUCUGCCAGGAGCGCUCCAGGUAGAAGAGAAAAGUGAAAUGGUGGAGGAGGGAAGAGGGAAGCUCGCGUCAUUGCAGGAAACAGAAGCCCAGAGCCUCGCACAACUUGAAGACAGUUCAUUAGCACAACUUGAAGCCACUUCAUUACCUCCCGGUGGUGUUACCUCUGAACUGCCGCCCGCGGUGUCUCUUCCACGUUGGAAUAAUACUGACCUCGAACCGGGUUCUGUUACCAUAGCGCCACUCCCCCCACCUCUUCCUCCAACACCCCCUCCCCCCCCGCCGCCCCCUCCCCCUCCCCCCCCGCCGCCCCCGCUGCCUGUCGCCAAGGACCACUCCCUGGAGCCCCUGGAGAAAGGUCAGCCCGGAAGAGAGGGAAGAGAGGGGAGCGAGCCGAGGGCCGCGGAGGCCGCGAGCGCGCCGCCCGCGCAGCUCUUUGACAGUAGCCAGCUGGUCAGUGCCCGGAAGCGGCUCCGGAAGACUGCCGAAGCUCUGCAGAGGAGGAGAGUGAGCUCACCCAUGGAUGAGGUGCUAGCUUCCUUGAAGCGUGGUAGUUUUCAUCUGAAAAAGGUUGAACAGCGAACUCUACCUCCUUUUCCUGAUGAAGAUGAUAGUAAUAAUAUCUUGGCACAAAUCAGGAAAGGGGUAAAAUUGAAGAAGGUACAGAAGGAAGUUCUGAGAGAAUCCUUCACACUUCUGCCUGACACAGACCCUCUAACACGAAGCAUCCAUGAAGCUCUUAGAAGAAUCAAAGAAGCGUCCCCUGAGUCAGAGGAUGAAGAGGAAGCUUUGCCUUGCACAGACUGGGAAAACUAACAAGUGACUCAACAGAAAGAAAAAACACCUACAGUUGAAGAUCAAAGAUUUUUUUGGAAAACAAAAUUUUAAAUGUGUGAUUUCCCAACUGGAUUCCGUUAGAUGCAAAGUGUGUUGGCUCUGUGGUAUGAAAAAAUGGAAGCACAAUUGGCAAGUUAUCGCUUUUCCAGUCAUUCCAAUAUUGGUGGUUAACAUGAGUUUUAGAUGUGCAAUGCUUCUGAUGCAAUGAAGAAAAGGCCUUCCAGAGAUGCCUGGUUUUUUAAGCACCUUCCCUUCCUUCCUGUCCACCCGUGUACAUCCUUGUAGUGGCCAGUCAAGCUAGGGGUUGCUCUGAGUUGGAAGAACACCGGGUUGACAGAGACCUACUGUGAGCUGUAUUGGGACUGCUUUGAAAUCCAUCUUUAAGUGCACUGAAUAGUCCUUUGCUUGAAAACACAGAGCUUCUUCUAUAUCAGCUUGUAUAAAUAGUCGGACACUCUGAAAAAGAAGUUUAUCAUGAUAGCUAUAGGACAGGAAUUGGAAAGAAUCAGAUGGAAACGCACUGAAAAUUUCCACAUUACUCAUCUCCAAAGGAAUUUUCAUAAAGAUGUUCAACAUCUGAAAAGAUCUAUAACCAUGGAGAUACACUUAAUGUGUUUACCACAACAUGACACAUUUACCAUGGCAUAUUUUUAAAAGACCACAUACUCUCACACUUUGUAAGGUUUUGAAGUAAAAAUUUCCAUGCUUUUAAAUAGCUCUUCAUAAUUGUGAAUUUAUAAUAGUUUGAAUUUCAUGUGCAGCUUUGUUUAUGAAAAGCAAUACUUUGUAACUUGAUAAUAUUUCAGAUUAUUUUUAGUCCUUUUGUUUGAACGAUUGCUCGAUUAGUGUAAUUCAAUAUGACUUUCCUAUUGAGAAUCAAAAAUGAGAAUUCAGUAAUAGGGAUGCAGAUCUUAAGUCUGUUUAACAUGCACCAUUUAAGUUUUUCUUUUUAUGCUCCACAGUGAAGUGUGCUCUACAAAUAUGCAGAAAGUAGACAGGCAGAAAAGCCUCCUUCGCUAGCAUUUCACUAUCUUCACAUGUUUUGAGUGGAAUUUGGGGAGAGCACCUUUAUUACUGUUAGUAGACCUUUUAAAACAUACGUAUGUAGUUCCAGGUGCUGAGUUUGCCAUAAUGGCGUCCUGAAGGGCACAUUUAUAUGAAUGGAGCCAUUAUGAAUUCUCAGCAGGAGUGUUGUGGGCUUGAAUGAAGGUAGAUAUGGCAGACUCAGUCUGUAGUAUUCUGUAGAGUGUAAUUCUGCAUCAGACAGAUAUUGGCCUUUAUAUGAAGGGAGUUAAGUAAGGACUGAUGUACCAAAAAGAACUUUAUUUCUUCUGAGACAUUUCUCUGGCCUAGACCCAGAAAGCAGUCCCAGAGUAAAAGCCCUCCAAUGUAUAUGAAUUAGUUUUUCAGAAGAGAGAAAACAUGCUUACACCUUUGUCACUUUAAGAUGUAUUUCCUUUAAAAUAAUUAUGGAGAAAAUUUUCUGUUUAUUGAUGAGAGUAGGAGCUUUUGCACAGUUUUUUCACAAUACAUUAGUUUUCUUGUUGUAUUAUUCCUAUAUCUUAUCUUGGAAGGUUAAAUACAUAUCUAGUAUAGAGACUUAAUUUUUAUCCCACAAUGGGGGAGGUGGGUGUGGAAUUAUCCCCGUUUCCUUCAGUAAAGCAUUGAAGUGUGCUUUUCAACCAAAAUAAUGAUUGGUUUGAUUAAUAUAAUUUGGCAAAAAAAAAAAAGUUUAAGCAAAUUUGCAAACCUUAAAAAAAUCAUGUAUCAGUUUUAAGCCUUUGGAUGCUUAUGAAUAAGUUUGUUUUUUCAUUCAUUGAUAUUUAGAAAAAUACAGGAGAACUUAACAUUAAAUUAACAGCAAAAGCACUAGAACUUUCAUAUGUCAGGAAUUUGCUCCCCAUUUAGUGUUACAGCUGGGAUUCCAUUAAAAAACAGGCUCACUUAUAAAUGGGUACUGUGAUUUGUCUUCCAGAACCAUGUUCUCGUAAGUCUGUAGUACUCUGGAGGGGGUACAGACCCCUGUGAAUCCUUUUGGGGGUGCAUCCAAAACUCUUGAGUACAUCCCACUGUGGCACUUCAUGAAGAUUAUCUCACUUGAAGAUGAUGAGUAGGUUAAAGCAAACCCUCGUUUAAAACCAGCUAUACUUACUCUGCUAAAUAAACUUCCUCCACCACACCUAUUUUCCAUCCUUAAGAUUCAGAUUCCUACUUGCACAGAAUUACGAGUUACUGCAGAUCAUCCACCUUUGGAGUUCUCACAGUGUUAAAAUUUCAAAUAAGUACAGUCCACUUGUCCAAGAUGAGAUUACCAGUUGAAUCCUCAAGUUAAUUUUUUUCCUUAUGUUAAUUUUUUUUUUUUUUUAAAGAUUUUAUUUUAUUUAUUUGAGAGAGAGAGUGAGAAAGAAAGAGCAUGAGAACGGGUAAGGAUCAGAAGAAGCAGGCUCCCAGCUGAGCAGGGAGCCCGAUGUGGGACUCGAUCCCGGGACUCCAGGAUCAUGACCUGAGCUGUGAAGGCAGUCGCUUAACCAACUGAGCCACCCAGGUGCCCUCCUCAUGUUAAUUUUAAUGCAGUUUGGAACCCAACAAUUCUGUAAGCAUGGUUAAAUUCCCCCCCACCCCGGCCCUUAAAAAAAAAAGAGUGUCUUUGCUCUUAAUAUUAAAUUCUAAUAUAUUUAAUUAAGAUGGUAGUUACAGAUGAUCACACAUUUCAAGUUCCAAACUUGCCUAUACUAUUUAUAUGGUUUAAAAUAUUUGGGAGUUAUAUCUCAAUGUGUCAUUUCUGUCAUAAGAAUACACAAACAGCUGCUUGUUUGUGCUGAAUCACUUUAGAAGUUCAUUUACCAAUCUGGUCUCGACUAAUAGAUUUUAAAUAGGGAAAGAGAUAACUUGAGGAUAUUUUAAGGUUAAGAUUACUGCUCACUUGAAUGCCAUUUUUAAAUAGUUCUCCCACUUACAGUCAAAAUGCUGUGUAUAUAACCAAUGUGGUACAUAUAGAAAAGGUAUUCCUAAUCUCAAAUCUGGGUGGUACUGUGGUGAGGCAGUGUGAUGAAAUUCCUGGCUAAAGAGGAUUAUAAGAUGAGCAAUUGUCUUGCUUACUUGAUAUAUGUUUUAUAGGUUUUGAGUUUGUGAGCUGCAUAAAAACAAUCAUUCCCUAGUUGUUCAUUGUGGAACUGAAAGAUCUCUUAACGUGUAUUUUUAAGCAAAUUUAGAUGCAGCCGUAAAUGUUGACCAGGUAUAGUAUUUUCCAGUGGGAAAGUGGGGUUUUCCUCAUUGCAUGAAACCAUAGGGAAUUUUCUGCACUGUGAUUUACUGUGUAAAAUGAGGGGGCAAAAAUCCUUGUUUCUACAAAGCUGAACUGUGUAGCAAUUUUUGGUAACAUAUGGCAUGGCCACUUUGCCAUAAAAUGUGUUAAAUUCUGAGGCAUACUUAGGCCAUAGCCGGCACUAAGAAUUAAACCUCAUAUCAGUGGAACAAAAAUGAACAGGCAGCAUCCUCUGUUUGGAAUGGGACCAGUGUACAAUUAACACAAUUUAAUUUUAUACAUUCCUUAAGAUUCCAUUUUUUAAUUGCAUUCAUUGAGUUUGUGUAUAAAUUUAAGUCCGUGCCUAAGUCAGUUUAGUCUUAGCCUAAGGAAAGUUUUUUCUUCCACUAAAUACAAAGUUUUGGUUUUUUUUUUUUUUUUAACCUUUAUAACUUAUUUAGUAUGCACAUCGUAUCAGAUACCAACCUGUAAAGUGCUAUAGUAAGGGGUCCCUUAAAGACCUUAUCAGGGAGUUCAGAUUUCAUAUACAUUAUUACCAGGUUAUUUGUAAGAAAUCGUUUUGAACAGCUGUAAAACAUUUAAAAACCGUGGCAGACGCAUUAACAUGCAGCCAUUUGAUAAUGAGAGCAGAAACCUUAACAAGUUUUACCUAAUUCUUGCACUGAAUUUAAAUGAUAAUAUAAAGUUAAAUGUGCAUUUUAAACAGAUUUUAUUUCACAUUUAUAGCUUAGCAUACAAGAAGAGCUAUGCUUAGUGUUAGAGGAUUGACCAGCAAGAUAUAUUCCAGAUGCAAGAGGUAAGAGAGUAGAAGCACCUUACUGUUGGAGCAUAUUGCAUUUAUUUAGUGCUACUGAACUGAAUCAGUAGUUACUUCUGAAUUUUGCUGCAAAGUGCUCUUUAGUUAAAGCACAUAAAGAGGGAUCUCUGCCUAAUUGCUUUGUAAGUUGAAGCAAUGGUAUUUUUCAUCCUAUAGUCUAAUUUAAAAGUUUUUCCUACAAAAUGAGUUUAUAUUGCUGCCUAAACUAUCAUGUAUGUAAACAGAGUUUUUGGGUUUUUUUAAGGGUGAGAGGGAAUCGGGGUCCUGUAUGUGUGUGCGCGUGUGUGACAUGUUUGCCCCAUUGGGUUAUUUGGAAGAUACGUUCACUCUAAAAUAUUCUGUUUUACCCACAAAUAUAAAUGUGCAGCUUGGUAUUUGAGGGGUUUGUUGGUUGAAUUCAAAUUUAUAAAUGUUUUUCCCCUUCCCCAUUUUUAUUAUGCCACUGUUAAGGUGCAUGUACAGAAAAUACCUCGGAGGUUGACAUAUAAUAAAUAUUUCAUCAAGGCUAUUUCACAUUGAAUCUCAAAGCAGUCAUUUGUUUUGAGAGUUAAGGGAAAGUUUUUUGUUGGUUUUUUUAAAAGUCAGGUAUAACUAAGGGUGGCUCAAUUUGGGGGAGUUAAGGGUGGAGGGGAAAGACCGUGGAAAGUCAUUUUUAUAUGUAUACACAAAGGUAUGGGUGUUGGUUAUAGAGGUGAAUUUUAUCAAGGGAAGUUUGGGGGGUUUUCUUUGUUUUUUGUUUUUUGUUUUAACUUGCAUGUUCUAUGGUUAACUAUCCAAGAGUGUAACAAGUUAUUCUAGCUUUUCCCAGUACUAAUUAUAUUGGUUUUAAGAAGUCUUCAUGGUCACAAGAUGGCAUUUUCCCUUCAGUUGUGAACCAAGAGGGAUAGAAAAUACCACCCAGACAGUGACUUCUGACUUCUUUAACUUGGACAGAAUCCCCACUGUCUCGUUGAGUUUCUCGUACUGUAUGUCUUGCCAAGUGUGAAACCAUAAUACAUAGUUUGAAAAAUUGAAGGCUACAGAUCAUUUUGCAUGAUUAAAAGCCCAUUAGGGCUACUGAAACUGACAUGUUUUUUAGCCUUUCUGGUUAAGUGAAAAUUACAAUGGCAAACCAAUUCACCAUUUACUAGCUUUGUGCAAUAUUAUAAUGGUAGAAGCAAAACACUAGCACAUUGUGCUUGGCUUUUAAAGAGGCUUUAACACCGUACAUUAAACGGAAGUGUGCACAGUGUAUUGUAAAUGCCAACUCCUUGAAAAUUUACAAUACUUAAAUAUGCUCCCUUAAUAUUCUGAAGUAUUAAAAGUACAAAGAAAAAACUAAGCAGGCAUUUAUAGCAAUACUCUGAAAUCUCCAAUAAUUGUUUUGACGGUUGCCUUUUGCUCUUUAGUGCAAAUUUUCUGCAUUGUAAUUAUUGUAUUGCUUUGUAUUUUCAUGUUUUUUACACCAUGACUUCAGAGUUAAGUACUUGUACAGCAAGUAUUGCAAUCACUUUCUCUUCUUGUACAUGCAAUGUAACAACAUACAGUUUUGGUGCUUAACAAUAUUCCUUUUUUUCUUUAAUAAAAGAUAUUUAUUGAGUUAA